GUGCAAGUUAGGCACAAUUCACCAUGUGGCUACAUGUCCUCUGUCUCUCGCUGGUGCUCUCCAGCUCCCGUUCGGCCUCAGUGUUCCUCGGCCGGAACGAGGCCCACGGCCUCCUGGAGCGAGUCAGAAGGGCCAAUUCAGGCUGGUUUGAGGAGCUGAAGAUGGGGGACUUGGAGCGCGAGUGCCUGGAGGAGAAAUGCUCCUAUGAAGAAGCUCGCGAGGUGUUUGAGCACAAACAAAUUACGGAUGAGUUUUGGAAAACAUACAAUGUUGUAGACCAGUGUCAUUCCCAUCCAUGUCAGAAUAAUGGAACCUGCACCAGCCAGUCCUCAUCCACCUACACAUGUCUCUGUCUCCCGGGUUUCAGCGGCCGAAACUGCGAACGGGUGUUCAAGGCUACACCUGACAACUGCCUGCACCUGAAUGGGGGUUGCGAGCACUUCUGCCAUGAGGAAGGAGGAGGGCGUCACUGCUCUUGCGCUGAUGGCUAUGUCCUGGACGCAGAUAAGCAGAGCUGCUUGUCACAAGAGCGGUUCCCUUGUGGGAAGAUCCCAAUCCUGCAGGAUACACAUCCAAAGAAGGGAGACCACCCAGAAGACCCUCGUGGCAGAAUUGUUGGGGGAAAUGAAUGUCCCAAGGGACACUGCCCCUGGCAGGUUCUUCUGAAGUACAAGGGCAAGGGCUUCUGUGGGGGAAUAAUAUAUAAACCCCUGUGGAUCCUCACUGCUUCACACUGCCUUGAAAAAAUGGAAACUGAGCAUCUUACAGUAGUUGCAGGAGAACAUGACAUUGACGUGAUCGAAGGUUCGGAGCAGACCGUAAAGGUAGCUCAAAUUAUAACGCACAAGAGCUACGUGUCCAAGACGUCAGACAACGACAUUGCCCUGCUGCGAUUGAAGGAGCCCAUAGUGUACUCGCCAUUCGCCGCACCCGUGUGCCUGCCCCAGCGGGAGCUGGCAGAGCGCGAGCUGUGGGCCGUAAGCCUCCACACCGUCAGCGGAUGGGGCAAGCGCAGCGAGGAUGGCCCCACCUCCCGGCUCCUGCGCAGGCUUCAGGUGCCACGCAUACGCACGCAGGAGUGCGUGGAGAACAGUGGCGUCAAGAUCACCAUCAACAUGUUCUGUGCUGGAUAUAUCGAGGGCAAGCAGGAUUCGUGCAAGGGUGACAGCGGCGGGCCCCUGGUCACGCAGUACAGAGACACCUGGUUCCUCCUGGGUAUUGUCAGCUGGGGGAAGGGCUGUGCCCGCCCAGGGAAUUAUGGGAUAUACACACGGGUGUCCGUCUAUGUGGACUGGGUCCGUAAACACACGGCACCACCUGACCAGAACUCGAAUUCCACUGUUGUUACCGCGCGCAAAGUCAAUCACACUGCCGUCUGAAUCAGAAAAGCCUGAACAGUUCUCACCCACAUAGCGCUAAAUAAGUGCUCCACAUUACCUCGCCAACAUCCUACAGACUCACCCACGUUUCCAGCAUAACUUAUUUUGUACGUUAUGUGCCGUCUAACCGUUGUUUUUGCACUUCAUGCAGAUUACAAUUUUUUUCAGGACACGGGUCACAUUUUGUGGGAGUUUAUUCAAAUCAUUUUCUCUGUAAAAUGAAGCUGUAAAUCACUUCAUUCUUUAAUGCCUUUUUAAACUUCAGCUCAUCUAAUAAUUUCUCUGCAAGCACAUACUUAAGCAAUGUCUUAUUUUGUAAGGUGCGGGUUUUGUUCUGACAAUUUGUUCCGUGAGCAGUUCCCUCGAUGUUGCAAUUCAAAUUUGUUUUAAAGCCAAGUUUGUUGCUUGAGAGUCUGCCUUGAAUUGAAUUGUAUUUGUCUUUGUGCAUUAUGCAUUUGUCUUUAUGUAUCCAUUUUGAGUCAAGUUUACACAUUAAAAGAGCUUCAGGAGUUCAUUGGAAGUCGCUUUGAAGAAAAGUGUCUACU